AUGAACGGAGCUGCCCAAACGUCGGGUUUCAGCUUUGGUUCCAAUACUCAAGCAGGCACCACCGGUUUUGGUUCCUCCACUGGCGGCUUAGGAUCCUCAGGCACGUCCACUGGCAUGUUUGGUAACCAAACACAGAAACCAGGAGGCUUGUUUGGCAAUGCAUCGGGUACGCCAGCCUCCACUGGUGGAGGUCUUUUUGGCAACUCUGGAAACUCCAAUUCCGGCGGCUCUUCUGCUUUUGGAUCCAAUGGCACAUCCGGCCUCAUUGGCCAAAACCCUCUCGCAAACAAUACAAACGCAGCCUCGCCAUUUGGCGCAAACAAACCUGCUGCAACUGGUUCCGGUAUGUUUGGAAACACAAACACCGCUCCUUCUGCCAGUUCCGGCUUGUUUGGAAACACUGCGUCCACUGCUUCCAAACCUACAGGUUUGUUUGGUAGCGCUGCCCCUGCUAGUUCAACAUCGACUGGAAUGUUUGGCGCCACAAACAACAACACUGCUGCUCCUAGCGGUGGCCUAUUUAACAAUAAUAAUGCGGCUGCUCCCGCUGCUUCAGGGGGUUUGUUUGGUGGUAACAAUACCUCCUCAGCAACUGGUGGCCUCUUCUCAAAUGCAAACAAUGCUCCUAAGCCAGCAACUGGCGGUUUGUUUGGAGGAAAUUCGGCUCCAGCUACUGGUGGCUUGUUUGGUCAGCAAAAUGCAGCUUCAUCCUCAACUACCACUGGAGGUCUUUUAGGUCAGAAUAAACCUCUCUUUGGUGGAAGUAGUUCAACUCAGCCACUGGGCUCGCUUUUUGGCGGUACCAACACAAACUCCGCCAACACUGGUGGCCUCUUUGGAUCAUCACAAGCUACUCAAAGCGGUGGCUUGUUUGGAGGAAACAAUGCCGGAACAAGUUCAUUGUUUGGCGGACAAAUGCAACAGCAGCAGCAGCAGCAGCAGCAACAACAACAGCAACAGCAAUCUCAAGGUCCACAGCUAACAGCAAUGACUAGAUUCGGGGAUCUUCCGCCUGGCUUGAAACAAGAGUUGACUCAACUUGAUGCUUACAUCGACCAGCAACAUCUCAUAGCAAAAACACUCAAGGGGGACCUAAACAAGCAUGACUCAUUAAUUCGCUCUAUUCCAAACGAUGUGAAUUUCUUACAUUCAAAACUCUCAUCGAUCAACCAAGCACUCCGGUUCGACGCAGAGCACCUAAAGUCUCUCAAGACUGUCAACGACGAGCUCACCAAUGAUAUCUCGAACAUAAUGCAUCUUAUUGUACAGCUCUCCACACCCGGUACGAAGCUUUCUUCCUCAUUCCAGCUUCACGAGUUCUUUGCAAAGAAGGUGAAGAAGUACAAGGAGACCAUGGACUGCUACGAGGCAGUCGUUAACGACAGUGUGGCUGCGAUCUCCGGUUUGGAAAAGACAUAUGCGGAUGAUUCCAGCAACAUUUCUAAUAUAGUGGAUGUUGUUAGAAACCAAUAUCAGCUUUUUAUGGAGCUUUGUGAGGUCGUUGCACAAGUUCACAAUGAGUUGGCAAGAACUCACCCAGAUCUAGACAGAAAAUGA